AUGGACAUCAUCCACAAGCUCAACCCAUUCCAUCGCCCUUCCCCGUCCCUCCGCUCAUCCCAUACCCCAACACCCUCACCGGCAUUCUCCAAUGCCCGACCAUCCUCAUCAUUGGAGAGCGAGCAUACCUACCCUUCAAUAGAUUCUACGAUCCCCCCUCACUCAUACGAGGAGAAACGAUACCUGGCUACUCCCGAUCCAGUCGCACCUCUUCACCCACUAGAAAGCCCGGACAUAACCAAUAAGUCGAAGAAGAAACGAAAGGCCAGAGACGAAGUUAUACCACCUUUACCUUCGCCUGUACUUAUCGGCGGUGAUGCUGGCGAGAUGGGUAUGGGAUCAGGGGGAAACAAGUUGAGGAAGAAUAGUCUCAAGGCAAGUAGGAGCGUACCGAGAGAUUUGAGGUUGAGCGAUGAAUAUCGCGAAGAUCCGACCCCCCCUCUCCCACUUUUACCAUCAACACUCCACAACUCCCAGUCUCGCUCUGCAUCGAGCACAAAAUCAAGAUCGAGGUCGAAUUCCGCUACACCCGUGUUGAAUAAGCAAAUCUCCAUCCGACGUAAACCCGCUCCAUCACCCAAACCUGAAGAUAUCCUAUACUCCGACCCCAGUUUUAAUCACAGUAUGGGUAUGGGUUAUGACGAUUUUCCUACACCUGAAAGUAUGAGAGUGAAAUUGCAAUUUGAGAUUGAUUUACCUACCAGAUCAACUUCGUUCGAUAUUGAUCAAAGUCCUUCCUUGGAAGGUAAGAGGGAUGGUCUAAGGCUUGGUGUGGACGGUUUGAGAAGACGAAGGUACAUGAGCUUUGAUCAGAGAAUGAGUCCUGAGAAAGGCAAAAUCCGAAACCUGUCUUCUCCCGCUGAUUCACCAACUCGACCGCCUCGUGCAAAUCGCUCGUACCCUGCUCCAAUCGCUGAUCGAUCCCACCUAUACGCCCAGUCCCUCUAUGCUGAUUCAACUACUUUCUUCUCUACUGACUUCGGUGCUCCACCCUCUCAAGCCCUUGAUUGGACCGAGGAACCAAUUCAAGAAGAUGCUUUUGACAUCUUUGUUGAUAACAGGACUCUUCCUCCCGGUACACCUGGUGGUAAGAAGGAGGAUCUGCAAAGAGGGGUGUUGAGCGAUGGAGCAAAGCACGAGAAAGACGCUGUGAGAUUUUUCUCAAGGGAUACUUAUCCACCCGUAUCGCCUUCAAACUCAGCAUCUCCAGAUACAACGCCCUCGAAACCACCGGCGAAAACCUCACCUGCACGAUCGAUCAAUCACAGAUCGCCGGCCAAACAUAGAAGAGCAGAAUCGAGUCCUGCCUGUUCACCUAUCCGAAGACCCCCUUCAAAAUCCAAGGAAAGCGAGUUUUCACGAGCCGCUAAGAGAUCCUCAUCACCUUUCGAAGUCAAACUAUCUGCGAAUGUUUCCAAGAGAAUGUCUUUGGAUGCUUUUGGUGCUACUCCAAUCACAACAUGCUUCGGUGAAGACGCUGAAGGGAAUUUGGAAGAAGUUUUAGAAGGUGAGGGUGAGGCGGGAGCCCAUGAUCUACAAGAUCAAUCAUAUAGGAAUGAAUAUCCACUCCAGGAUGAGGGCUUGGAAGGUUACGAAGCGCACGAAUUAUCCAAUAUAACAGAAUCACCUUUCUCUGAAGACCAUUCUACCACCUAUCAGAUAUCCAUAGUUGAUCAUACUCCCAUCAAUCAGCAUACGACUACAGAUACGAGUACCAAAUUCUUCACUCCUCUCUCUCCCUCGCUUUGGGCUCAAGGAUUGCCUCUCCCACCUUCUUAUGCUUCGCCAUUACCGUUGCUCAGAAGAAAACAUCUCUCCGCCCCGCCACUUUCGGUGACGAAUACCUUGUUGGAAGCUCAUGCUGAUCAUACCAAGGCUUUGAAGGAUCAACUGAAAGCUAGGGAGUUUAUGAUGGACGUGUUGAAGUCAGAAAAUGAGGAGUUGAAAACUGUGAUGGAAAACAUUAGACAGGAGAAGGAACAGCAGAUCGUCAAUAUGAAGAGUAGAAAUUCCCAACUGGAGGUAUGGAAAGAGAAUUGUGAAAGUAAGGAUUUAGCGAUCAACCAGCUCAGACAAGCCAUGAAGGAGAACGAAGAGUUCUUUGAAAACCUUCAAGAAGCCCAUGACGAACUUGCCGAUCGAUGCACAGCUCUGGUAGAAGAAAACCUGUUGAUGAAGGUCGAUCAUGAUGCGACUGCAAAAUUGAUGGACAACCUCAAGAGAGAGAAUGAGGUCCUGCAGGUGGAAAGUCAAAAAGCGAAAGAAUUGAAAAAUGAGAAGAAGGAAUUGGAAAUGGUGGUAUUCGAAUUGAGAAGAGAGAUGAAAUGGGCUGAAAAUCAGAUCGAAGUGAAAAAUACGCUUCUUUCAGAGAAGGACAGAGUGAUUGAAGAGAUGAAUAAGAUGAUUGGUGAAAAGGGAAAGGUAGAAGGGGAGCUUGAGAGUGUGCGGGGGGAAUCGGAGGAGAAGAAGGAGUUACUUGAGGAAUCCCAAUCGGAAUCUCAGAAGUCUCCUACCACUUUGGCUGAAAAUUUGCCUGUAUCGUCGCAUCGAGUUGUGUUGAUGAGGGAACGACUCGUACAGAAGGAGAAACUUAUAGAGCAACUGGAAGGCGAUCUCAAAGAAUCACGAAGUCACCUGGCAGCUCAUCAAGAUAUCAUUCAAGAUCAAGCAUCACAGAUCAAAGAAGGAGAAUUGCAUCUGCAUGAACAGGAAUUGACCAUCUCCACUCUUCGAGAACAGCUUGGUUCGGCGCAACAAUCUAUUCAGUCGUUCAACUUAUUCGUUGAAGAGAAAGACGGAAAGAUUUCUGCGCUUCUUGAUGAAUCAUCUUCUUUACAUGAUGAAGUCAAAUCACUCAAGAAUGAGUUGGUUGAAAAAGACAAGAAUAUCUCAGAAUUGAAGGUCAAAGUCGAAAUUGCUAGAUUUGAAAAGAACGAAAGAAGGUUCCAGAGUGAAGUUGAAAUUGGACAAUUACAUGAACAACUGGAAGAAUUGCAGAGAAGUAAUGCAGAGAGGGAAUGGGCUGGAAGACAGGGGACGGAAAUGAUUGGGAGGUUGAUGGAGGAGAAGAGAGUGUGGGAGGAGGAGAAGGAAGAGUUGAUCGAAAUGAUCAAUCAAAACUCCCUCGAUCAAGAAUCAGCUUCUAAGCUCCGCGAUCAAAUUACCAAUCUAGAAAAUCAACUUUCCUCCCUUAAAUAUCAUUACGAAUCUCUUCAAUCCGAAUUGGAAGAUACUCGAUCGUCACUCCAACACAAGAGUACCCUCAUACAUGCCCAAGAAGCCGAGCUUGAGACUUUGAGAUUGACAAUACACCAAAAUGAACAAUCGCUCUCGCAUACUAGGGAAUCAUUCGAAAGACAACUGAGAGAUCCUACCAGGGUCAUAGAGAGAUCAAGAGAAAGAAUAGAAGAAUUGGAAAUUCAACUUGUAUCCCGGGAAAAGGCAUUGAAGGAGUUGAUAUUGAAGAAUGAGAAUGUCAAACAAACUGAAGAAGGUACCAAUUCAAGUUUGAAGGCAUUCAUCAAUGAGAUCGAUCAGUUGAAGUUGUCCGAAAUCAGACUUCGAAACGAGUUACAUGAAGUGCGAAAGAGCAGUUCAGAAGACAUACUUGAUAUGGAAGAAUUGAAGAAGAGAGUCAAAGGGCUAGAAGAAGAUAAAGAGUUGUUGAAUGUUGCUUUGCAAAGUAAAGAAUUGGAAUUAGCUUUGCUAAAUCGAAGUUCAACUCAUUUGAAGAGGACAGUCCCAUCAGCACCUUCUACAUCGUCUACCAUCAGAGGAAUCGGAGUCGGAAAUUCUUCAGUCAGGAAUUCAAUGUCAUACUCUACUUCCAGAAUACCUAAUACGCCCACACCUUCCACUGGUAUGGAUAAUACACCUUUACCUAGACGAUUGGCCACUUCCACUUCUGCUACUUCGAGUUCGGCUGCAGCUUUGAACAGGUCAAGAAGAGAGACGAUCUCACAUUCGAGUACAGUGAACACUGCCAAUUCCACAGGUAGUGCGUUAAAUAGGUCGAGAAGAGAUACUAUCUCGAGUAGUACAGGUGGGAGGGUGGCUUUAGGUAACAGUACCAAACAUAAUACACCUUCACCUUCCGAACAAGCCAAUGUACCUAAAACGAACCCUAUCUCUUCGAUCAAAGGUGCGGGAACAUCGACAACAUCGUUGACCACGAAAAAAGUGGAAAGAAGGACGAGUCUUCCUGUAUUAGUGAGAAGACCAAGUAGCGUUAUGUCUUCUACUUCCAAGAGAGAGAGUUUAUCAAGGGUUGAUGAGGUGUGA